AUGGGUGCCAUAUCAACUUAUUUAGUUGAUCUUAUGAUUCUCUCACAAUAUUUAUCACAUCACAUGCCCCCCAACCCUUACUCACUGUCUUACUAUGCACACAGCUACACACUCUUUCAACUCCAUCUCUUCUUGCGGAAACUGAAACUCUUUAUUGUACAUCUCUCUUUAUUGAAUUCUUCGAACAAAUCAACCAGUCUUUCUGUCAAUUUAAAGAUGGAGGGAUCUGAGGCCGGAAGCUUCCUUAAAGUCCUAUUAAAAAACACCGACGUUCUUGCUGGGCCCGUGGUUAGUCUUGUUUAUCCUUUAUAUGCGUCGAUUCGGGCAAUUGAGACAAAAUCUCGAGUGGACGAUCAACAAUGGCUUACUUAUUGGAUUCUCUACUCUAUGAUUACAAUUUUCGAGCUUACAUUCGCUAAACUAAUCGAGUGGAUCCCUUUUUGGUCAUAUGCAAAGCUGAUUUUCACGUGCUGGUUGGUCAUACCGUACUUCAGCGGUGCAUCGCACGUGUACGAACAUUAUGUUAGGCCGUACCUUGUUACGCAACAAAAAACUAUUAACAUUCCAAACGUUUCAUGGAAAAACAUAGUGUCUAGUAAGCACGACGACAUUCUAACUGCAGCGGAGAUGUACAUUGAAGAAAAUGGACCCGAAGCAUUCGAGAGGAUAAUUCAUAGGGUUAAUAGAGAUACGACAUCUUCCAGUAGUCACGACCAUGCAUUUCAUGACGAUGACUAUAAGUACUGAGCAUUGUUAAUUGCAGCUGCUAAGUACUUUCGUUUCUCUCAAAAACAUGGUAAAGAGGAUCCCAUGACUUGAUGUUUCCCUUUAAUGUUUAUUGUGGUGUAAUGGAUGAUGCAUUGUUAUUGUCAAUUUCAAUAAAAAUUUGACUUUUAACGGUAA